UUCAGUCGGUUGUCGACGAAUAGUUCAGUUCAAAUCUAGUAUCUGUACAGCAACUAGCCGUCCAAAUUCUAAAACACAAAAAUCAUCAAGCGACAAGCAUUGAUUAGACUACUCUUAGUCAACGUUUUAUGUUCUUUUGUGGUUCAGACCAUACCAUUUCGAUUCCUUCUUAGUGCCAUGGACGGUGGUGGAGAUAACCAGCAGUCGGAGAGAUUCUUCCGCAGACAGGAGGAGAUCGGCCGUGUCGAGGCUCGGCGCCAGGGUCGUGCCUCCAACGUCUUAGAGGUUUCUCAGGCUGAGAUUGAUGCUGCUAACCCUCCCAUGGAUGGUCUGGAGACCCGCCGUGUCGAGGCUCGGCGCCAGAGUCGUGCCUUCAACGUCUUAAGGGUUUCUCAGGCUGAGAUUGACGCUGCUAACCCCCCCAUGGAUGGUCUGGAGACCCGCCGUGUCGUGGCUCGGCACCAGCAACGUGCCUCCAACGUCUUAAGGGUUUCUCAGGCUGAGAUUGACGCUGCUUUCCCCCCCAUGGUUGGUCUGGAUCCGCCUCGCUCAUGGGAACAAAUUCGUGAAGCCCAUGAAGCUGUAUUCAACAAUCCAGGAGUUGUAUCUAGUUUCGUUCCACUGCGGAGGGAGGUCCUUUACGGAACUUUACCUAAUCCAAACGUAACCCGUCGAACUGAGGAUUCGGGCUUCGAGUCUGACAACUAGGGUUAAAAAACAGAAUUUCAAGCUUUCAUCAAAUCAAAAUAUGUUAAAUUCAAAUUAAAACAUAGGCCCCUUCAACAUGGAUUACACGAUUGUUCAAUGUUCCAACUUACCUUCGCCAAAAUUUACUUAUUCCAUUCGUAUCUUAAUAAAAGAAUGUGAAGCUUGUUAAUUA